AUGAAACUCCCUCGAGCUCCUUUCCGGAGCGUUGAUCCUCGUUUACCCCUCCGAGCCUCUUCGACAAGACGCAUAUCAACAAUAGGUCUCACAGCCAGACCAAAGCUGUCUUUAAAUGCACCGGCCCGUCUCCGAACAUAUGCCUCCGUGUCCGCCUCCGAGCUCCGGUUCGGACAACCUGUCCAUGAGACACAUCCUCAUAUCCUAAAAGCCGGUGAAAUUACACAGGGCAUCACAGCACAAGAAUAUGCCGACCGUCGAGCUGCUCUGGCGGACUCCAUGACAGAUGGAAGUGUUGCUGUCCUGCAUGCCGCAUCCUUACAAUACAAGUCCGGAGCUGUUUUCCACGCCUAUCGACAAGAGUCCAACUUUCUAUAUCUUACAGGAUGGAUGGAAGGGGAUGCCAUUGCAGUGAUACAAAAGACAGGUCCCAAUUACGGCGACUACGUAUUCCACAUGUUUGCCAAACCCAAGAACGCUCGGGAAGAGCAGUGGAACGGGUAUCGCAACGGUGUUGAUGCUGCAAGAGAUAUCUUCAACGCUGACGAGGCGCAUUCCAUCUACGAGGCAGAGCACUUGCUACCCAAGAUCCUUGACAAAGCCAAACUUAUCUACGCAGACUCACCACCCUCUAAAGGCGGCAUUGCUGCUACGGCGACUUGGCUAUGGCGACUCAUCUCUGGCAAAGAUACACGACCAACCCGAACACCGCUCUACUCUGUCAUGAAUAAGCUUCGGGUGGUCAAGAGUGAGGCGGAGGUUGCCAACAUGCGUCUUGCUGGUCAGAUCUCAGGGCGGGUCAUCACAGACGCAAUGCGCCAGCCCUGGAAACGUGAGAAAGAUCUACAUUGGUUUCUUGACUACAAUUUUGCUGUCAAUGGAUGCGAGGGCCCGGCUUACAUCCCUGUGGUAGCUGGCGGUGAGCGCGCAAACUGUAUUCACUACACGGUGAACAACAGCACAUUCAACAAGGACGAAUUCAUUCUCAUCGAUGCGGGCGGCGAAUACGGCACCUACAUUACUGACAUAUCCCGCACAUGGCCGGCUUCUGGCCGCUUCACCCCCGCCCAGCGCGACCUAUACCAGGCCGUCCUCAAUGUGCAACGAUCGAGUAUCUCGCUGUGCAGGGAAAGCUCUCGACUCUCACUAGAGGACAUUCACAACGUUACUGCGCGUGGACUUGUUGACCAGCUGCGCGCUAUUGGAUUCGAUGUUACCAUGGCCAACAUUGAUCAGCUCUUCCCCCACCAUGUCGGUCACUAUAUUGGCCUUGACGUGCAUGACUGCCCUGGAUACAGCCGUCGCGAGACCCUUCGCCGCGGCCACUGCGUUACCAUCGAGCCGGGUGUUUACGUUCCUCAAGAUGACCGAUGGCCGGCCGCCUUUCGGGGCAUGGGCGUCCGAAUUGAGGACAGUGUUUGCGUAGACGAUGAUUCACCCUACAUUCUAUCCACGGAAGCGGUGAAAGAGGUUGACGACAUUGAAGCGCUACGACCAUGA